AUGGGGUCAGCUUACAAUCCCGAUGACGAACCAAGUCCUCUGUCAUCUCCAUUGCGUUCCCUUCCCGAAUCCCCCGAGUCAGAGCCGGUUUUUCCAACCCUUUCUCUCAAAACAGAUCAACCCAUGAGAGGCUCGGUAGAUAGCCUUUCGUCAGGAUAUGAUACUCUUCCAAGAUCCCCUCUAUUUGAGAGCGAACAUGGGCUCGGUCCAUCUGGACUCGAUCGCAUACGACAGAAUCAGCCUGCACGAGUUUUAACCCUCCCAAAUUUGUCGAGUUCCUCCGUGGCCCAAAUGUCUACUCGUCCUCUACCGUCCUCCCGUUCAAGCUCUUCAUCUAGGGCUCCUCCAGGCCACAUGGCUCUUACCCCGAGCUUUGGGGACUUGGAAGAUUUGCAUCGAUUCCCCUUGGAAUCAUUACAUUCUUUUUCAUUUGCUCAGCAAUCCGGGGAAUUGCUACAGAAUAGACAGAACAUUCUCAAGAGAUCGAUCGAUAUCCUGCGCGACCGCAUGGGAUGGGCCAACAACAACUUCGGAGUCGCCAAUUCUCAGGCUAAUAUCCAUGGCGACUCAGAUAUGCAGAGUAUGAUGGACCUUUUGGCUCGCUCUCAUGUUCUGGAUGAGGAGAUCAAUAUUACGCGCGGCCCUAUCACCGGACCAGCGAAUGUCAAUGGCGAGAACAUUUUCGACCGGGCCUUCUCAGACCAGGGAACGCGCUCGCCCAGCUCUCAAGAGAAUCAGGACUCAACUCCAGGAUCGCAAGCAACCUCCGCCAACUCCCAAUUACUGAGUUCCCUGCCCAAUGACCGUAUCCCACAAUCCAGGAAGGAUCUAAGAUCGGCACCGGCAUCCCGGCGCGUUAGCCUAAAACGUACAUGCACGGAUCUCAACACUCCUUACCCGCAAAACAAGCUGAUGGAAAGUUUAGCGCGAUCAUGCUCUUCCACGGAUCCCUUUGCCUCUCAAAUUUCUUCCAGUGCGGGAUUAGGAUUUCCUUCCCCUGUCCUGCACACCCACAGUAGCAAAUGGACUCCAGUUUCCCAGGCUGUAUUCAGAACCGAAUGCGAUGCACCAUGGACUAUUAUCGCGGCUAAUGAUCUCUCUUGUCUAAUAUUCGGGGUCGCUCAGUCCGAGGUUCGAAGGCUCAGUAUCUUGGAGGUUGUACAGAAGGAGCAUCGGAAGUGGCUUGAGGCUAAGCUUCGAGACCCUAGUACUGACGCUGCAGCUCGCACGCCACUUCCGCCGGAGAGACCUAACAUCCGUGCAGUGAAUCCGAAGUAUCGAGGCCUGGGGAAUGGGAACGGAUUGACUGCGCAACUGCUUAGCAAGCCGUCAUCACGAGAAAAAGCUUCCAGGAGAGCGCAGACUGAUGAUGGGUACGGCUCAAGCAAGAGAAAUCCCCGCAACGUCAAUCACCCGGCCACCAAGUCGCGUGGUGUUCUGCUCUGUGGCGAUGUAGUUCCCAUUCAGAAACGAAACGGCGCUAAGGGGUCCGCUAGCGUGUGGGUCAUGGAGAAACGUGGUGGUCUGAUUUGGGUGAUGGAAGAGAUCACGGAAAACAUCGCAACUGUACAGUGCGAUGAUUCCUGGAAUGUUGUCAGUGCCCACGGGGAUAUCGACAAGAUUUGGGGUCCCUCUGUAAUACGUAAGGGCCAGCCAAUCACCGAACUAUUACCUCGUCUGCCCUUCGAAUCUCUUGAAACUUCCCCCGAGAAUGGUGUCGCCAAAAUAGUGGAUUUGAGGCAUUUUGCCGCCCGAACCGCUGUUGGAGUUUGCAUUCCAGUGACUGUGGGCAGGGCAGAUGGGCCUCGCAUGUUGCAGGUUUCCAGCUUUCCUCAUGUCGCAGGAAUGAUGGUUUUAUCCUCGACCACAUUGACCGUAAUUAGCUCGAAUUCCGUAUUUUCGUCCGCGCUUUUCGGCCAAGAACGACCUGAAGGUCGGCACAUCACAGAGUUGGUACCGGGGUUCGACGAAAUUUUGGAUGUCUUAACUGAGGAAGACAAUGUGCCGCUGGUGGAUGGAAUUGUCAUCCCCGAACACAGUUUCAGACGAGCUCGAACAUUGUCUAUCCUUCGCGAUGGAAAGGCCAAUGCCGCAUCUGUUUUUACGGAACCCAGUGGCUUGCUGGCCAAACAUCGGGAUGGCAGCACAAUCGUUGUGGAUAUCCAAUUGCGGGUGGUCAAGAGCGGCACUUUCUUCUCCAAGGAACAGGUGGAGAAGAUUUCAGAGCGCUCAAGUGACUCUGAAGACAGCGACGAUACCAUCGCCGUCACCGAGCUGGUGUACGCUUUGUGGAUUACAUACUCGAGACAAAUCCAUGCUGCCGGGCCUGCAGCCCCCAUUUCAUCUUCUUUGAAUUCUUCAAAGCCAACAUCCCCUGGCGAGACUCAUCCGCCGUCUGAAGCCGGCAUCAGAAAAAAAACUCCAGAGAACAGCAAAAGCUCUGUGGAGAUCCAAGCUCCAAGCUCUACACUUAGUCAACAGCUGAGUGAAGCUGCCUCUGAGCCGCUCACUGAUCGGCCACUACAGCCAGUACUCGAGGUCAAUGCCAAGCCACAGAAACGAACGAUCAACGAUUAUGUGAUCCUAGAAGAAAUGGGACAAGGUGCCUAUGGGCAAGUGAAACUGGGCCGUCUCAAAAAGGAUCCCAGCAAGAAGAUGGUACUGAAAUUCGUCACCAAGAAGCGCAUCUUGGUUGAUACCUGGACUCGUGACCGACGGCUUGGGACCGUGCCACUGGAGAUCCAUGUAUUGGAUUUCCUCCGCCGCGAUGGAUACAAGCAUCCAAACAUUGUGGAGAUGGAAGGGUUCUUUGAAGAUGAUAUAAACUAUUACAUCGAGAUGAAACCACACGGACUUCCUGGGAUGGAUCUCUUCGAUUACAUCGAGCUAAAACCAACCAUGGAGGAAUCAGAAUGCCGCAACAUUUUCAAACAAGUUGUGAGCGCAAUCCAUCACCUUCACACCAAGGCCAUGGUGGUACAUCGUGACAUCAAGGACGAAAAUGUGGUUCUAGACGGAGAAGGUCGAAUCAAGUUGAUCGACUUUGGUAGUGCAGCCUACAUUAGAAAUGGGCCCUUUGAUGUGUUUGUGGGUACUAUUGACUAUGCUGCUCCGGAAGUGCUUCAGGGCAGAUCAUAUCGAGGCAAGGAACAGGAUAUCUGGGCUCUUGGCAUCCUCCUCUACACCAUCGUGUACAAGGAAAAUCCAUUUUACAACGUUGACGAGAUUCUCGACCACCCUCUUCGCAUUCCAUUCCUCCCAUUCUCCGAAGACUGUAUCGAUUUGAUCCGCAAGAUGCUUGAUCGUGACGUCGACAGUCGACUGACCAUCACUGAAGUACUCGAGCACCCUUGGAUGACAGGGGAGGACUAA